UCUCUCUCGCUCUCUUCUUUCUGACUUUCCCUCGAAAACCAAAUAAUCCCAACGAGAGAAAUUCCCCCUUUCUUCACACCCUAAUCAACUCGAUUUCUCCUUCAAAAACCCUAAAAUUCCCUUCAAAUUUCUAUGAGAAAUUAAAAGUCCAGCCGGCGGCGUCAAUGAUCCCCGAAAUCAUCGCCCCCGAGAAAGACCUCUCGGUCUCAUCGCCCACGGCCUCCCGAUCCGCCACCGAGACCGUCAACGGGUCCCACAAGUUCGUGAUCGAGGGCUACUCGCUGGCGAAAGGGAUGGGCGUCGGAAAGCACGUGGCCAGCGACGCUUUCACCGUUGGAGGGUUCCAGUGGGCGAUCUACUUCUAUCCCGAUGGCAAGAAUCCCGAGGAAAAUUCGGCCUAUGUCUCGGUUUUCAUCGCGCUGGCGAGCGAGGGGGCGGAUGUUAGGGCUUUGUUUGAGCUGACGCUCGUCGAUCAGAGUGGGAGGGAGAAGCAUAAGGUGCAUAGCCAUUUCGAUCGGUCGCUGGAGAGCGGGCCGUACGCGCUCAAGUAUCGGGGGAGCAUGUGGGGCUAUAAGCGAUUUUUCAGAAGAGCAGCGCUGGAGACAUCGGACUAUCUCAAGGAUGAUUGCCUGAAAAUCAAUUGCACUGUUGGCGUUGUUGUGUCAGUUAUGGAUUGUCCCAGGUUACACUCAAUACAUGUUCCUGAUUCUGAUAUGGGAAUGCAUUUUGGGGCACUUCUGGAAAAUCAGGAAGGCUCUGACAUAGUUUUCGAUGUAGCCGGAGUAAAGUUUCAUGCACAUAAGUUGGUAUUGGCUGCAAGAUCCCCUGUAUUUAGAACAUCAUUUUAUGAUGGAGUAAAUAGUGAACAAAAUGAAAUUGCUAUCACAGAUUUGGAGCCUAAGGUUUUUAAGGCAAUGCUCCACUUUAUCUACAUGGAUUCCCUUGUCGAAGAUGAGGUUUUGGUUGCAUCAGGUUCUCCUCUAAUUUCUUUAUCUGACACAGUAGCUGCCAAAUUAUUAGCCGCAGCAGACAAGUACGGGUUGGAAAGGCUUCGAAUGAUGUGCGAAUCUUAUCUAUGCAAAAAUAUAUCGGUUAAUACUGUAGCUAACAUUCUUGCAUUGGCUGAUCAGUAUCAUGCCAUGAAACUUAAAGCUGCUUGUCUCAAAUUUGCUGCUGAAAACCUGUCAGCUGUAAUGCGAUCAACUGGGUUUGAAUACCUCAAAGAGCAUUGCCCUUCACUGCAGUCAGAACUCCUGAAGGCUGUUGCAGGGUGUGAAGAGGAGUACAGCAGUGCUGGCAAAAGCCGUAGCGUGUGGGGCCAGCUCUCCGAUGGUGGGGAUUCAAGUGGGCGGAGGGUAAGGCUGAGGACUUGA